AUGCUUUUAGAUAACUUGGCGUCUCUCUUUCGUUUCCUUUUUGGUCUCACCCAAUUUUUAAUUCUUCAAUUUCGCCCUCUCUCUCUCACUCUCUCUGUCUCACCCCUCUCUCUCUUUCUAUUACCUUCUUUCAUAUUUUUCUUUCUUACACACAUGCUUUUCUCGCCACCAUUCCUCCUUUGCCCUCUUCCCCUCUAUUUUCUUCCAUUGUACAUUUUUGCACUCAACAUCUCCCCUUUUAGGUCUCUACUCAUUUCUUUCGCAGCAGUACCUUCUUCAGCUCUCUCUCUCUCUCUCUCUCUCUCUCUCUCUCCGUCUCUCACCUCUUUUCUCUCUCUCACUGUCUCUCUCCUCUUGAAAAUUUCUGUUUGUAACUCUCUCAAAAUAACCCCAUUUCGGUAUCUCUCUGUUUUUCUCCCUUUAUUUCUUACUUCAGCUCUCUUCCCCCCCUCUCUUCUGUGUCUCUCUCCUCUUGUACAUUUCUGUCUCUCUGCCUGUCUCUCUUUCUCUCUCUCCUCUUGCACAUUUCUGUUUGUAACUCUCUCUCAAAAUAACCCCUUUUCGCUCUCUCUCUCUCCUUGUCUGUCUCCCUCUCUGUCUCUCUCCUCUUGUACAUUUCUUAUCUAUCUAUCUAUCUAUCUAUCUAUCUAUCUAAUUACCUAA